AUUUUCUUGUCCUUAAUCUGAUAAGUCCGUCAUUGUUAGCAAUUUUAUACAACGAAAACGGAAAAAAUAAUGGCCGCUUUCAACAAAAUUCAAUUGAUUGCGAUAUUGUGUAGCAUAACAGGUUCCAGUGGGUUGCUUUGCUAUUCUUGUAAUGAUAUUAGAACCAGUGAGGAUUGCAUGAAUGCAGUGGAGUGUACUGGCAGGGAGGAAUGUUUCACAAGGGCGGAUGGUUUUAUCAAUGGAAGUGUUCUCUACACAGCUGGAUGCACAUAUGACAUGGUACCAGUUGGUCAAAGAAGUCAAACAUUUUGUUCAGAAGUGUGCAAUGAAGAUCUGUGUAACUUAGACAACUGUCAACUUCCAGUAUCUCCAAGAGGCAACAUAUCUCGACCACCGCGAUGUUUGUCCUGUGAUUUGAUUGAUGAUCCUGCUCAAUGCAAAAACCUUGUACAAUGUCAGAGCGAUGAGAUGUGCUUCAUCCGAAAAGUUGUUAUCUAUGGCAACACUAGAUACAGACUUGGUUGUAUGAAUUUGCAGCACUGCUCUGCUGCGCCGAAACAAUCAUCCCCUUCUCCGGCCUUUGUAGGAAAACGUUCUGAUGGUACAGAUAGUUCUUGUUCAUUGUGUUGCUCGGAAGAUCACUGUAAUUUUAAAUCUUGUGGGAGUCAGCGAAUUUCAGUAUCAGAUGACCACAUUUAUGACUUACAUCUACUUAGAGAUGAGAGGACGUGCAUCGAUUUCAAUCCAACAGCCUGUGCUGCUUUUGGUUCACUCAAUAAAGAAGCAUGCAAAGCAAUAGCCGACGUCGAUAACCUUUGCCCCGCAUCAUGUGGAAUGUGUGGGCAUUACGGUUGGUCAGAAUGGGGAGAAUGGUCAGUAUGUUCCCAGUCAUGUGACGACGGAACUUCUGUAAGAUAUCGAAUAUGCAUACAUCAGCUUGACGCUGCGAGUAACCAGACGUGUGUAGGAACGGGAAAUGAAAUGAGAAACUGUAGCAUUGAACCAUGUGCAGUGAACGGCCAAUGGUCAGACUGGAGCGAAUGGGGAAAUUGCUCUGUUACUUGUGAAAAUGGAACACAUACCCGGCACAGGCAAUGCAUAAACCCGGCACCUCAACAUGGUGGCAUGAAUUGUACCGGCAAUGAUUUGGAAAUUGAGGAAUGUUCAGAGCAGCCUUGUCCAGUCGACGGGGAAUGGUGCUGGAAGAAUGUAUAUAAAUGCUCAUACACGAGUCACUACAACGGGUACAGAAUAGACGGCUCUGGCUAUGAGCGAACAUCUUGCGGGUGUCCUUCUCCGUCGAAUGGAGGCAAAACAUGCAGCUAGAUACCUGUAUUGUCUAAUUUUUAAUAGUUUAUAGUUAAUUAUUGUUUAAUGUAUCUGAUAUUAAAAAUAAAGCUUGCUGAAUGCUUCA